UGUUUUCCACCCUGCUCCGCUGCCUCAGGAAGAAGGCGAAAAUGGGAUGAAAGCUAUUGGGGCCGAGUGCAAGUUCUGCUCGUGUGAAAUAUUAAUGCGCCCGUGAAAUGGAGCUUUUAGCCCACCGAAGCGCAGCCCUUUCGCAGGCGGGAGCCGGGGGGAAUCCCAGCGGGGCUGGCGAGUAAAUGACCAGUGAUUCCCUGGGAGGCCUCAGUCAGGGGGGCCGAGCGGGGCGGGGCUGGCCCAGAGGGCGGGAAAGGGAAGGAGAAGGAAAGCAGCCUCUGGGUGAAGCCCCCCCACCGAGCUGCCGCCAACCCCUGGCGGCGGGGGACGGAGGCAGAGGCGAGAGGCAGCUCCACUCCCUCGCUGUGCCAGGGAGGCAGGAGGAGGCGUGUCCCCUCCCCGCCGCCACUUCCCUGGCUCCGCCGAGCCUCUCUGUCUCCAGCUCGCCUCUCAGCAGACAGCGGGCGGCGGCAGCGGGGAGAGCGGAGGAGGCAGCGGAGCGGGGCUCUCCAACUUGGCGGGGCUUUCCCUUCCUCCCUGGCCCCGCGGCUGCACCAUGCCCUCCGCGCCGCCUCCGCGGGCCGCCCGCAGCAGCAGCAGCACCACCACCACCCGGGCACAGGGAGCCCCGACGCCCGCAGCCGCGCCCAGCGGGCUCCCGGGCUCUUCCUCCGCGCCCCACUGAAGCGGCAGCUCCGAGCGCCGCGGCUUGCCUGGGUCUCCCGCCGCCCCGGGGCGCGGGCAGCCGCUGGCUCCGAGGGGGCGCACGCGCCUCUGGCCGCGCCCAGCCCCGGGGAGCCGAACCGCAGGAGGGGCGCGGGGACCCUCCUCUCCUCGCCCGCGGGGGGCAUCAGCCGGGGGCCCCGAGCCGAGGCCAGCAGCCGCCUCCUGCUCUCCCAACCCCCAGCCCCGCGCAAGCCAUGAACUUUGGCCGGGGCCGCUCGGUGGUGUUGAACGUGGGGGGCACCCGUUACUCCUUCUCCCGCGAGGUGCUGAAGGACUUCCCGCUGCGGCGGGUGAGCCGGCUGCACGGCUGCCUCUCGGAGCAGGACGUGCUGGAGGUGUGCGACGACUACGACCGGGAGCGCAACGAGUUCUUCUUCGACCGCCACUCGGAGGCCUUCGGCUUCAUCCUGCUCUACGUGCGGCACGGCCACCUGCGCUUCGCGCCGCACAUGUGCGAGCUCUCCUUCUACAACGAGAUGAUCUACUGGGGGCUCGAGUGCUCGCACCUGGACUACUGCUGCCAGCGCCGCCUGGACGACCGCAUGUCCGACACCUACACCUUCUACUCGGCCGACGAGCCCGGCGACGGCGGCGAGGACACGCGGCCCCCGGCCGAGCCCCCGCCCGCCGCCGAGGGCAGGAAGUGGCUGGAGAGGAUGAGGCGGACUUUCGAGGAGCCCACCUCGUCCGUGGCCGCCCAGAUCCUGGCCACGGUCUCCAUCCUCUUCGUCAUCGUGUCCAUGGUGGUGCUGUGCGCCAGCACCCUGCCCGAGUGGCGGGCGGCGGAGAACCGCAGCGUGGAGGAGCACAGCAGGUACACAGCAGACUCAGUGAGGGAACCCUCCGGGAUCAUUGAAGCUAUCUGCAUAGGCUGGUUCACUGCAGAGUGCAUUGUGAGGUUCAUCAUCUCCAAAAACAAGUGUGAGUUUGUGAAGAGACCCCUGAACAUCAUUGAUUUGCUGGCAAUCACUCCUUACUACAUCUCUGUGCUAAUGACAGUUUUCACGGGGGAAAAUUCUCAACUCCAAAGGGCUGGAGUCACUCUGAGGGUUCUUAGGAUGAUGAGGAUUUUUUGGGUGAUUAAACUUGCCCGUCACUUCAUUGGUCUUCAGACACUUGGUCUGACUCUGAAGCGUUGUUACAGAGAGAUGGUGAUGCUUCUUGUCUUUAUUUGUGUUGCUAUGGCAAUUUUUAGUGCACUUUCACAACUCCUUGAAAAUGGGCUGGACUUGGGAACAAAGAAUAAGGAUUUUUCCAGCAUCCCCGCUGCCUGUUGGUGGGUAAUAAUCUCGAUGACCACAGUUGGUUAUGGUGACAUGUGCCCCAUCACUGUACCUGGAAGGAUUCUUGGUGGAAUUUGUGUAGUUAGUGGGAUUGUUUUAUUAGCAUUGCCUAUUACUUUCAUCUAUCAUAGCUUUGUGCAAUGUUAUCAUGAGGUCAAGUUCCGAUCUGCUAGAUACAGCCGAAGCCUCUCUGCUGAAUUCUUAAAUUAAUGAGUGUGCCUGCUUUUUGUAAUAGUACUUGCUAACCUUUGGUGGAAGAGGUGAUGGAUGCGCACCCAUCUUGCCAGAUGAUCCAAGGAACAGCAUUGUCAUCAGCCUUGAAGGAUGUCAGUCACCAUUCUCAUCUGAAGGAUGACUACCUGCUUUGGGCCCCAUGGUAGGGAGCGUGGGUGGGGAUGUUGAGAUCUGAGAGGAAGAAAAUGGUAGCUUCUUGAACAACAACGGGACUGGAAAGUUCAAGACCUCAUGGGGGCUGGACUUCUCUCUGCCUAUCCAGACAACUACACACACAAAUCAUGGGCUUGGUCCCAAGAGAGAUGAAGACCUGCAACUCAGUGGGAGUUGCAGAUACUCACCCCUCCUCAUACUGAUAUUCCAUAGCCUUCCAAGGAAAAUAUAACAGAUGUCAUUCAAAUAUUUUAAAAUCUAAAAGGUCCCUUGGAGGAGUAGAGACCUUGUUGACAUGAAGCCCGCUCCAGAAGAGUUGAGGACAUGGGAGCAGAAUUGCUGCUACUCUUAAUUCCUCCAAGUCAUGUAGCAGAUGGAAUAAUCUGAUCCUACGACUGAAGGAAGAGAGGAAAAAAAUAUAAAUACACAAGGCAGAGGGAGUCUCAAAGCCCAAUUCUGAUCUCAGUUAAAGCCACAGUGACAGUGAGGUCAGUGGGUUUUUUUCCAGAUUUUUAUUGGAGUAACAGAGAGGAAUGUAUGUCCCUCUCUAUGUUGUGGCAUAUGCUUAACCACAACUGCCAUUUCUCUGGGAGUAAGAUCUACAGUAGCAACUAAUGUCAUACUUUAUAAAGAUCAGAGUAAAAUUCAGUAGUUGAUAAUACAAUCAAUAUAUCAACUGCUAGCUCAAUGGGAUGCAGAUAUCCAAAUUGGACUUAUGCACUCAGCUAAACUCCAUCAACAUGAAGACAUUUACCAAUAAGCCUUGAUUCCCCCCCACCCCAUUUUAUUAACCAUAAUCACCUCAUAGUGAAAUAGUAUUCCAAGAAACAUGAUGAAUCUGUCACUUGAGAGGUUCAAAAACUUUCUAGACAAAGCACUAGAAAACAGGAGAACAAUCCUGCAGUGUCGGGGCUGGGACAGAUGUCCAGGUGGGUCUUUUUCCAUCUCCAAAUUCUAUGGUGAUUCUUAUUGAAGGAUUUACUAUGAAUUGAUAUAGGUUAAUUUAAAUUUUAACAACUGUAAAACAGCCCAGGUGAUACUGAAAAGUAGCAUUUGGAUGGAACCUGUGCUUGGCACAAAGUAAUAUAUUCUCCCCUGUAAAUAUGGAAUUAAGAUGAAUGAAAUUAGGUUCUCAUGUUUCAUACACUACAUUUCUUGUGUAGUACUGCUCAGUAGCACUAUUAAAUAUGACUUUGAAAAGCUGCCAUGUAGAACUGUGCUGUUAAACAUUCAAACAAAUGUAGGCACAACUAACCCAGUACUAUUUACCACCCACCAUUAACAGGAAACAUUUUUAUUAACCAUAAUCACCAGUCUAUUUGAAUUUGGUGUGCUUGCCUGAAAGUCAUUGUAAAAUGUUUACUGUGUUUGAAUUGUAGAAGCACCUUUGGAUGUUUUGUGUACAUCUGUCAGCUUUAGAAAUAGAGAGACCGGCACCUCUCAGCAACAGAAGUCUUUGGUACUGAUCACUCAAACUAAAAAUAUUAGGUGGGAUAUAUAACUAGUACUUGAAGGCCAUACAUUGAAAAAGAAAUAUGCUGCCAUUUUUGCUGCUCAAGACCUGAAAAGUUAUGGAUCAUGUUAAGUGGCAUGCUGUUGUUUUUAGGGGAAAGGGAUAUCUACUGAUAAAGCCAGUCAAGGAGGGAAAGGAAAUUGUUUCACUACCAGAAGUUGUAAAGUAACCUGAAAGAAAAGUUGCUUGAUUGCAAUAGCCAUGAGUUUGUAUUUCCCAAAACUAGUUUCCUUUUUUUCUGCUAUAGUUUCUUGAGGAUAUAUUAUUGUGUAGUGCCAUAUCUAUACCUUUGAAAUCUGUGUAUCUUGCAGAGAGGUGAAUAUUCCUUGGGAACAGGGGGGGAAAUGGCUUUUAGGGAGAGAUUCUCAGCUGGUUUAAGCUGGCCAGCUUCCAUUAACUUCAGAGGAUCUAUACCAGUUGACACCAGCUGAGAUUCUGGGACUUAGCAUAUAUAAUAGAGCUGAUUAGAGAAAAAAAUUCCCCACAAAAAUGAAAGUUAGUUUCUGGUAAAAGAAACUGAAAUUUGACUUUUAUUUUCCAGCCACUGAAGACUGAAACAUUUCAGCCAAAAUUAGUUUAUGUUUUGAUAAAAACUUAACAAUUUGGGGUGUGGGGGAGGAAUUCUCUACAAAAAAAAGUGGCUUUGACAAAAUAAAAAUUUUCCAUCCCUGUAAUUCUGAAUUUCUAUUAUUUUCUUCAUCUACUAGUGUUGAUAAAGCUAGCUCUACUCAUUUAGAAACUCUAGGGUGAAAUUGGUUUCCAUGUAACUUUUUCAAGUCUACUGUGCCUUUCAUAGAUUAUAUUUAAACAGAUUAAUGCCCUUUAUUUGGGAUGCAAAAUAAGAUAUCCAAUUUGAGCAAAGUGGGUAUAUCUCAGUUUUAAAAAUAUACAAAUAUGAAAUAUACUUAAAGUAGUAGUACUAAAUUCCAGAAAAAAAUUAACUUGUAUUUUUAUCACUACAGUAUACAUAAGGUUAGUUUUUUAGCUUCAUGUGCAAAAAAAGCAAAGUCAGGUAUAAAUUAAUGCACACAAUGACUUUCAAGUAUCGAUUUGUAUUGUACAGGCAAUUGAAUACUAGACAUUCCAAAGACAAACUAGUGUCUAGAAUAUGUCUGACAUAAGAGUACAGAAAAUGUGCUAUUUUAUAAAGGGUUUCCAAAUGUAGAUUCUUAUAGAAUACGAAGAAUAUAAUCACCUACUUAAUAUACUUAUGUAAAGGAAUGUAUGUUUAUGAAAAAUGGAGAUCUUAAAUACAAACAUUUACAUUGUUGAUCAAUUUUUUUAUUGCAGAAUGUGAACAAAAAUGCCUCAUGUAUUUUAAAUUUGCAUUACAGUAGAAUAAUUUUGAAUAGCUAAGUGGAUAUAAAGUAAGAAUCUAGUCCAUAAAAAACUUGCCCUAAAUAUAAGCUAGCUAUGGAGAGAUAUUUGCUCUUUUCUUUAUUUUAGCGUAGCAUGGUUAUUAAUGUAUUGACAAGUGGUUUCCUUUACUCUUUUUAGAAACCAAUUUGAAGUAGCCUUAUAUCAGAGGUAGCCUUAAAACAGAGAGCCUUAUAGUGAAGGGAUAGGGUAUUCUUAUUUAUAGUGAUGCUUAUUGUCUUAUUUUCUGUAGAUUGAUUUUCCUAGUGAAACUUUCUAUAAAUAAAUAUUGAAUUAUA